ACCACCACACCAUUUAGUCACCCUUCCAUUUCCUUAAAGCACACAAAUUCCAAAAACAGAGCACAUACAUAAGGAAGCACCGGAGAAAUAGAUACUAGGAAUCUAGGAUGUCCUCUUCCUUCUCGCCGGAAUCUUCAUGGUCGGACUCCCAACCCCAAACCUCCGAGGUUUCCCUCCCUUUCAACCUUAACGACUCCGAAGAAAUGUUACUCUUCGGAGUCCUAGCAGAGCAGGCUUCAGCUGAUCAAGAAAACUAUGGGGCCAGUUCGCCGGGAAUUUCGACGGAGGCGCCGGAGCGGUCGUACCGCGGGGUCAGGCGGCGGCCGUGGGGGAAGUUCGCGGCGGAGAUAAGGGACUCCACCCGGAACGGGAUUCGGGUCUGGCUGGGAACGUUCGACAGCGCAGAGGAGGCUGCUCUGGCGUAUGACCAGGCGGCUUUCGCAAUGCGUGGACCGGCGGCGACGUUGAACUUUCCGGUGGAGAGGGUCCGGGAAUCUCUGGCGGAGUUGAGUUGUCAGAUGGAGGAGGGGGGCUCUCCUGUGGUGGCGCUCAAGAGGAAACACUCCAUGAGGAAGAGGAGGAAGGGCAGUAAAGCAGGGGAGGUCAAGGAUGAGAAUAUGGUGGUCUUUGAAGAUUUGGGGGCUGAUUAUUUGGAGCAACUUUUGGUUACAUCAUCUGAGAUUGUACCACCCAAUCCAUGGUGAAUAUUAGUGACAAGGAAAACUAGUACUGGAAACUACUACUCGUUUUUAUUUGGCUGAUUAUCAUUUUUGGUGAACUUUUUGUAAAUUACAAUCAUAUACUCCUCUUUGUAAAAGAAUUUGUCAAUUGUUUUUGUGUGCCCAAAAGCAAUGAUUUUUUUUUAUCAACAAAGUUAUCAUCAAAUACUUGUACGAAAUUUUUUAUUUUAUUUCAUGCGCUUAAUUGUU